UAAAGGAGGCUAGGUUUUCCAAGAUUUCUGCUAUUGUCCUAUUGUCAGAAAUUGAGACAAGUUGGCACGGUGCCAUAUUCAGCAAUUAUCUUUUAUUAUAUGUAAUUAUGCCAGUCGUUUAUAAUUAAGAACGUAGAAUUUUAUUUAUUACUUUUUGUUUAACUAAAAGUCAAACAUGAAUGUGACAAAAAUAUUGGAGAUUUUGAGAGGUGUAAAAUGUGCUCUCAAUAGAAGAACGCACGUGUCAUUAUUCGAUAAUAUAAAUAUACAAAGCAGAUGUAAAAGUAAACUGUCUAGACCUAAUGUCAUCGAGACGAACAGAUAUCGAAAAUCAGAGGAGGAAAUUGGGCUAUUUGGAUAUUGCAUAUUGGCAAGGAAUACCUAUCACCACUUUUAUUCUUGGUACAUGGCAAGUUAAGAGAUUGAGAUGGAAACUAGAUUUAAUAGAAAAACUAAAGCAACGGACUUCAGCAGAACCAAUUGAGCUGCCAACUGACUUAAAUGAACUGAAAGAUAAAGAGUAUUAUCGUACAAAAGUGAAGGGCAAAUUUUUAUAUGAAAAGGAAUUUUUGAUAGGACCUAGAAGCCUUAUUCUCGAUGGCGAAGCCGUUAGCGAAAAAGGUGGUGGAAUAUUUUCUCGUAAAGCAGGCUCAGGAUAUUACGUAAUUACGCCUUUCAGAUUGGAGGAUCGCGACGCUACUAUCAUGGUGAAUCGUGGAUGGAUUCCUAGAAGUGAUCGUUCAACGUUUAAAAUGGAAAAGAAGAUUACAGAUCCCAUAGAAAUUAUUGGCAUUAUCAGGGCAACGGAAAAGCGACCUCCAUUUGUACCUGACAAUGCUCCUGCGAAAGGUGUAUGGCAUUUCAGAGAUUUAUAUGCAAUGGCAAAGGUAGCAGAAGCAGAACCUGUGUACAUAGAAUUAUUGGCUGGAUAUGGCACACCUCAAGGUCCGGUCGGAGGACAGACAAAAGUAACUUUAAGAAACGAACAUUUAAGUUAUAUAAUCACCUGGUAUUCAUUGUCUGCCUGUACGAGCUACAUGUGGUUUCGACAAUUUGUACAAAAACUACCUCUUCUUUAAACGCAUAGAUGUUCACCUGAUAUACAUAUAAUGAUAUACAUACCAAAAAGAAUAUGUAAAAAAAGAAUGUGUAAUUAUAUGUAUUAUUAUGAUAAUUAUAUUAUCAUAAUAAUUUUUUUAUUAUGAUUAUACAUUACAUUUUUUGUAUUUCAUUUUUUUCACAUACAUCUUUAUGAAAAUGAAACAGUGUCAACUUAUACGAAUCAACGCGUACAAAACUGAAAAAAUAAACGUAAUUUGUAGAAUUCUUUACUUCAAUGUAAAUGUGACAACUGUAAAUGUAUUCUCUAUAUGAGAAAUAUUGUUUAAUUGCUUUCCUGAGGAAUAGAACUUAUUGUUAGACC